GUACAUGAAUGCACAUCCUAGUGCCACGGCACACCUUCAACAUCAUACAUCCAUACCGCUGUAGUCCUGUACAGCCAUGCAUUAGGCAGGCCAAAGGUACGGAGAAAAUCGAUACCAUGGUUCGAGUGAGACUCCGAUCAGAUGAUAUAACCUCCACAGUCCACACACGAUCGAACUAGCAGAACAAGCCAAGAACUUAUGUUAAGAAAAAAGCCAAGAACAGUAGAACACCCACGCCUAAUUAGACGCCAUGAGCCCUCACGCGAGGCAGCCGAAGCCACUCCAAGAUCGUCAGCGGCAGGAUCAGCAGGGUGAGCCGCUGGUCAAGGCUAGGCAGGUGAGGAGGCGGCUGCGCACGUCCACGAGCAGGCCGUUCCAGGAGAGGCUGGUCGACAUGGCGGCGGCCAGGAAGGAGAUCGCCGCCGCUCUCAGGGUCCACAGGGCCGCCGCCGCCGCGGUGACCAUGCGAUCCAGAGAUCAGCACGAGCAGCAAGCGCAGUGGCCCCCCUGCGACGCCUUCUUCUCCGACCACUUGCGCGACGACUCCACGCCGCGUUACCUCGGACCUGUACUUCCGGUCGGGCCGCCUGUCGUCGUCGGCGGUGGCCUGCUGGAUCACCUGGGCCGCAGCCUCCCGGCGCUGCCGCUGGGCCUCAACCUCAGCUUCCAUGGUUUUGCUGGCUCAUCUGUGUAUGAUGCCACUAACAGUGCUGGCGCUUCUCGUAACCGUCCUUUAAUCCAACCGCCGCCCGCUGAUUCCUCUGACUCUCGGGCGCACUCGUCUCCCCCAUUGGCGGUGAUGCUGAGCCAAGAAGGUUCACCGGCGGUAGACGCCCUGGAGAACGCGGCGUCGUUGGCAGGCGCGCCGCACAUGGAGCCGGAGGGCGAGGGUGAGGCCACCUCCUUGCUCGGGUGGGGUGACGCGGCCGCCACGCCGGCGUGCGCGUGGUGGAGCGACGUCCUCGAUCAGGGCACGGAGAGUAACGGCUGCGUCGGCGAGCUGUGCGCGCCGGCCGGGCACGAAGGAGGCGACGUUGACGUGGCGAGUAUGCCGGCCGCGGGGUGGCUGUACGAAGGCUCCGGCGACCAAGGAGCCACAUGGAGCGGCAAGCCGGUCGGUGACCUGGAGACGCAUCUUAGCGGCGGCGACGACUACCACCAGCGGGACGGCGAAGACAUCGCCUUGCCAUGCAUGGAGAUCGAAGGAUGGGACGGGAAAUGGUUCGAUGAGGAGCCAGUUUUUCCUUAGAAAAUACUCCCUCCGUCCGGAAAAACUCGUAUUUAGCACCAAGUUAAUGCUAGAUACAUCCAGUUGAGAGACAAGCUUGAGACAAGUUUUUUCGGACGGAGGGAGUAAGAAGCUGAGGAUUCAUAGUAGAGACAAUCCGAUUCGUCUGCGUCAAAGACUGCUGAUGUGCUCGCUCUCUGAAUUCCAUAAUCAAUUUGGCGAGAAAAUCUCCACUGUUUCAAUGUGCCUGAG